AUGUCAAACAAAACCUACAACGAUUUGAUGACCGAGACAUCAGAGCUUCUAGGAGAAGCUACGCAAGCAGACGAGGCAGUCUUCGAAGGAGGAGCAGCGGAAAGGGUAGCGCUGCAGCCGCUGCUUUCCGAACUUCGCAUCAGAUACACAGUGCUAUUGGGAAAAUUAGACGCUGUGUAUGACCAGCUCUUGCAACCGCAAAAGCGCUUGAUUGUCAGGCGACUGCUGGAAGCGUGCUUGGGGAGGCUGAUUGAAAUAAAACACGAUCUGGUUGAGAUUCAGAUGUCAGACUUUACGUAUGAUGAUGAUGAGACCCUCAACAAGCUCCAAGUGACCCCAUUCGAAGCUGAACCAUGCAUCCCGCAAUACUUCAUCAGGGAGAGGGAAGAAGAAUACCAAAGCCGAAGGCAGUUCAUCAUUGAUACCCUGAAGAAGCUGGGCCACGAGCCUCCUAGACCAGAACCCCUGGUGCUGACUGAACAGCAAGCUGUGCUGAUCAUACAAAGUCAUGAAAGAGCUCGACAAGGAAGAUUAAGAGGACAAUUUAUGAAAGAAAUCCGUCUCCUGAAAGAAAAAGGACGAGAUCAGAAAGGGGAAAUGUCAGCAUCUGCAGCAACAGCCAUUCAAAGAGUGUGGCGUGGAUUCCUAGCGAGGAGGGAGACCAAGAAACGAAAGAAAGAAGAACAACUCCUGAUUGGAAUGGAGUUGCCUCCUUAUUAUGAGUCGCAGAAAGUUAAAAAAGCUGAAGAGGUUAAAGAAUAUCGUCGUAAACUUCAAAAAGAACGGGCAGAAGAAUAUACCAAAGCUUUAGAUACGAUAGAAGAUUCACUUCGAGCUCAGCACGCAGCCAGACUCAAUGAACAGAUUGGAGAUGAGCUGAGAAGAUGGAUUUCUGAAUACUAUGAGAGGACCGACAGACUACCUGAGAUACCAUCUGAGGAAAGUGGGGGGAGCCGAGCUAUGUAUAGCAGACAAGGUAUGGAGAGUGAACUGAGCAAAUCCUCUCCUGUUUCUUCUGGAGGAUCUAAAAGGAGUAAAGAUAGCAAAGACAAGAAGAGCAGUAAAAAUGGCGACGCUAAACCUCAAAAAGAUGAAGGAGAAGACUUGAUUACUUAUAAAUGCACGCCCUCGUCUUUUUUACAAGACAUUGUUAAUGCUAAUGAAGAGUUUGAAGAUAUUUGGAAAUUCAAAGAAGAUGUAGACAACACCCACGAAAGAUAUUAUAAAGACAUGAUUGAACGAGAAAAAAUGGUUAAAAUAGAACAAGAAAUACGAAAUGUUGUUGAUGAAAUGAUGAGAAAUGAACUGGAAUUGUUGCAAGCUGCUUAUGAUAAGGAUAAGGCCAUCAAAGGGAAGAAAUCUAAGAAGCCUCAAAAAAAGGUUCGGAGAGGAGGCAAAAAAAACAAGAAGAAGAAGGAAAAAGAUCUCACACCUGAUAGAACAACUGAAUCCCUUUUCGAAGAACUUGUGUCAAAUGGCAUCAUCAAACCGUACCCGAUGGUAAAAAUCGAUGAUUAUAUCGGAGAAAAGUCUUACCUAGGUGAUGAGAUGCGAAAGAAAUGCGAAGACCCGACUCCGUGUUUGGGUGAUAUCAGGCAACUUAUCAAAGAAUAUUGCAUUUUGCCACUCGGUUCAGAACAUGUCAGGACAAAUGCACCUUUGAUUAGAUCAGUCCUUAUUUCAGGUCCAUCAGGUAGUGGCAAAAAGAUGCUAGUCCACGCAAUUUGCAGUGAAGCUGGAGCAAUGCUCUUCGACCUGACACCAGCAAACAUAGUCGGCAAAUACCCUGGCAAGACCGGCUUGAUCAUGCUGAUCCAUUUAGUGAUGAAAGUAUCACGUCUUCUCCAGCCAUCUGUUAUUUGGAUGGAUGAGGCUGAUAAGCCAUUUGUUAAGAAGAUACCGAAGACUGAUAAGACUGAUCCGAAAAGACUGAAGAAGGAUUUGGUGAAGAUAAUAAAAGGUAUUUACCCAGAAGACCGCGUCCUCUUCGUGGGGACGUCCAAGACCCCAUGGGACGCCGAGCAGAAGCUCCUCUUCCAAUGCUACAACAAGGUGAUCCAGAUACCCAGAGCUGACUACGGCAGCAUAUCCUUGAUGUGGAGGAUGCGACUCCAUAAAGCUGGUGCCUUGUCUCCGAGACUCGAUCUGAGCUGUUUGUCGAGGGUGUCUGAUUCAUAUACUCUUGGAACAUUACAAGCAGCUUUGAAUGCAGUGCUGACCACGAAAAGAAGACUGCAACUGCGCGUACGCGCAUUGACUGCCCAAGAGAUCGCCGUUCAACUAAGUGCUAUGGAACCAGUAUACGCUGAACAGGAUGCCGCAGCAGAAACAUGGUGGUACAAGACACCAAUGGAGAAGAAGCGACAGAAGAUAUUGCAGAAAAUACAAGAAAUGGCGUUGGAAGCUGAAGAAAAUGCCGCCAAGUAGAUUGACGCAUUGUUUUUUAAUUAU